UUUUGCGACAGAAAAAAACGAGUAGUUGCAAAAUUUGCAACCGAAUUUAUAAUAAUUGCUAUGCGGUUGCUAAUCUGCGACGCUCUUAUAAUAAUUUGCAACUAACACGGUAGUUGCUACUAUUAUUUUUAAUAUUUAUUAAAAAGAAAUAAUAAAAAAAACCCUUAGUAUAAUAAAAAAAAAAACCCUUAGUAUAAUAAAAAACAAGUUAUUGCCGCCAAAAAAACAAGAAUUAUCAUCAGUAUUCACCGUCAAAAACAAGAGUAUCAUACUCUUCCUCAAAAAAAAAAAAAGUUCAGAACCUCAAAGCAAGCAGCCAUCACCGUCGUCUUCCUCUGCUGCUGUUGCGCCACCACCACUUCCCCCAGCGCACAUAUACUUGGAGACCUGAGUUCGAUGCUAAGGCUAGGAGAGAAUUUGACAAAAAAGCUGGGGACCGACUUAGGGGCACAUUGAACCAAGUUUACAAAAUGUCUCUCCAUAAGCAAGUUAGUUUCAUGACUGACACUGUUCGAGCUGAAUUCAUAAAUAAGCGUAAGCAUCCUGAUUUUGUAAAACGUUCUAACCAAGCAAGAGAUAAUUGGUUAUCUGGCCAAACAUUAGAGAAGUUUGACCCUGGCCAUCGCCAAGGUAGCGUAUCUACUCCUCAAGUGGUUAAAAAAAUGGCAAAGAAAAAGGAUGGAAUUUUACCAACUGCUGCUGAAGUCUAUGAGAGCACUCAUUCUGUUUGUGUGGGUAAUGAUGAAGUUGAAUUGAUGGGUGACAAGUCUAAAAAAGUCACUGUAUGAGUAUACUUCUAUAUUUUUCUAAGAUUACAAAAAAAUAUAUGGUAGUUAAUGUUUGGAGAUAUUAUGGAUUGUUUAUUUGUUUGUGUGAUUGAGUUGGAGGAUAAGAAUGAUUUGUCGGCAUAAAUCAUAUGAUUAAUGUGGUAUGGCAUAAUGUGAAAUGAAACAGGUUUAUUUUGAAGCCAUGCCCUAUAGGAGGGAAUUCUUCAAUUUACAAAGAAGACUCUGUCGAAAUUUUUACUAAUAACUGCUUUCAUAA